ACAGACAUUUUUCAGGUUGUGGUUCCGCAUGGUAUCCUACCAUCUCAAGCAAAUUUACCACUACGAAGUGUGCUUGCCGCUCAGCAACAACAGUUGACUCAACAGCAAUUACUGCAGCAACAGCGACCACAACAGCCACAUAUGGGGAUGCAACAGGCUGCCCCACAACAACAGCUGCGACUGAGCGGUCGUGUUGCUGGAACUGCAUCGGGUGCAUUGGCUACUUUAUACGACACGGAUAAGUCAGCUACAACGUUAACGAAUAAGGACGCAUAUCGUAUCCUUAAAAGACGAUUCAAAUACCUCGUUUAUGAGAAUGAAUGCUAUCAGGAGGAGUUGAGAAAUUUACAGAGAAAACUUUUGAAAUUAUCAAGAGACAAAAAUUUUUUGCUUGACCGUUUGGGGCAGUUUGAAAAAUUCUCUGAUAGUUCUGAUGAAGAUUCUGACGCUAGUCAUAAGACUUGCGAUGAAAAACCCAAGCCAAAGAAGCGUAUUCGUCCUGCACAAAGAAAACGUGCUGCUGAUGAAGGUCUGGACGGAUCGAAUGCUGUGAAACGCUCAGCUGAGGAGAGCAUUGCCAGUAGUCCAAGUCCAUCCGAAUCUCCGAUAACUGACCCGCGAUCCGGUGUAUAUUUGGGUGCUGGUCCUCAAUGUUCAUCUCAGUCAUAUAGGCAGCUAUUGAAUGCUGCCAGCUCGUCAUCAUACGACAGAAUGCAGGGACAGGGUCUUCCAACAAUGAGCAAUCCUCCCUUUAUUGCUUCUCACGGUCAAAACGUGCUUCAAAUAGGAUCCUCUGGUGCGCAACCUCAGCAACAGCAGAUUCUCCGUUCUACCUUAGCGCGUGUUGUUCCUUCAACGAUGCUUGCCCAACAACCUCAUUCGUCGCAGUCCUAUACCUCAUCCAAUCGGCUUCUUGCUGACACAAGGCCGAUAGUGGCGAAAGUUCGAGUCGAAGCACCUUCACUCCCUAGCAUGACCAAUGCUUAUCAAGGUGAACAAAUGAAGCAGACAUCCUUACAUAAAGCUUUAUCCAAAACAACACUGAGUGCACAACCAAGGCCCAUGGAGUUUUCUCAUUCAGCACAAGAUGUUCUUUCCAACAAUCCAAUUAAUGGCGAUAACUAUACAGGUAAGAUCUUGAUAGUGCAUCGUAAUCCCUAUGUUCGAUAA